AUGAACAAAGUCAGUUUUCUGCUGGUGAACAAAUUCUCCCAGUUCUGCCUAGAGGAUCAAUUGAAAAUCAAAGCACUCGGCCGAGACACACCGGAACUGAACAUCACCAAGUCGUGUGCCAACGAGAAGAGUGCGCGUUUCCGGAAGUUCAACCCUGCGCUGUAUGCGAAAAACGCUUGGCUGUGCGGUUGUGACGUUUCCAACCGGAUGUACUGUUUUCCCUGUCUUCUGUAUGGCGGGGAUGAGUUCUGGUCGGAAAAAGGCGUCAAUGAUUUGAUCCACGUGUGGGAGAAAAUCAAGUCUCAUGAGCGAAGCACACGCCACAUGCACAAUAUGUUCAGUUUAGCCAUGCUGGGGAAAGUUGAUAUUAAGGUUUUACUCAAUUCCGUUCUAAGAGAAGAGGCGCUAAAGCAGAACAGCAUUGUUCGGAAAAACCGGCAGGAUUUGAGCAAAAUCAUUAACAACAUCCGGUCGGCCCAUGCUUUCGAUCUGGCGCUUCGCGGCCAGGACCAAUCGGAUUCUUCUGAAAACGCGGUUGAUUUUUCUAUUGAUUUCAACGCAGAACUAUCGAAGGCUAAUAAAGAGACAAUUGCCAAACUGCCGAUGUUCAAAGACAAUUCCCUCGAAGUUCUAGACGAGCUAAUUGACUCCGUUUUCGGAGUUUAUCAGGCGGAACUGAUAAGGCAAGUGAAAGCUGCAGAGUACCUUUCGGUUAUCAUAGACGAGGCGUUUGACGGCAGCUGCAAGAGCCUGAUUGUUGCAAUAAUCCGAUACCUGGUCAAUGGAAAGCCUGUAGAACGAUUUUGGAACAUUAUCUACCCGGAGGCGUACGAUGCCGAAGCACUUUCCCAGGCCCUCAUUAAGGAAAUUGAGCCGUUAGUCGGCCAGACUCCGGAGAAGUUGAUUUCCAUUAGCUAUGAUGGACCUUCGGUCGCCAGCGGUUCUCUGGUGAUUCUCCAGCAGCGGUUCAAAGACAAGUAUCCAGCUUCCAGCUUCGUGCACUAUUAUGCGCACUCUGUGACUUUGGUGAUAUCCAGUGCUGCGUCCAUGAACAGGCAGGCGAAGAUCUUUUUCUCCAGUCUGUGCAGUCUUUGCUCCUUUCUGGCCAGCUCGCCUCAAGUGAUUAACAUUUUCAACGAAAUCGUGCAGAAACGCCACUCGAACGGCAAGCGUGCAGAAUGGGAUUUAGACCCUGCCAAUAUGGGGGUGACCACCAUUCACAAGCAUCGCAAAGACCUGGUGAUGGUGAUGGAUUUCUUGGAAAAAUCGGCCAAUGUUGCAACGAUCAACCAAGCGGGCGGGUAUAAGUUCAGAUUGCAGGACAGAAAUUUCAUUUUUUGGCUGGGGAUUUUCAACAAACUUAUCCCCCUGGUGGUGGCCACCUUCCACCUGGUUCAAAAGGAGGGCGUUAAUUCCGAGAGAAAAGCCGAGGAAUUGAAGAGGUUUGAAAACGCUGUCUACGCCGUCCAGCAACAGAUGGACGGAUUGAUUGGGGAAAUUGAAAACGACGUUAAUUCCUCACUUGAUUUUGAUGACGAAUAUGAAGAGCUGGUUGCCAAGAAGCCGCGACUUCUCAACCAGCUGAAGCGAAAGGAGGAAGCCUUGGAGAUUUGCAAUGCUGUUAUUCGCCAGGUGCUGACCCGGUUCAGCUCAAUCAGUUACCUGACGGCUACCAAUCUGUUCAAAGUGAACAGCUUCAAGGACUACAGAAGAUCAUUUCCCUCGCAGUAUUUAGACGAAACCACCCGGAUAUUUCCGUUUAUCGACAAACAGAAAAUUACCAUCGAACUUCAGGUAGUGUACGAGCGGCCGGAACUGCGGGUCGUCUCGGGGAUCGUUCCUUUCUUGGAACUAGUUAGCGACGAAGCCCUGGGAAGCACAUUCCAAGAGCUGGUCAAACUGUUGAGCAUCGUCACAACAAUGCCAAUAGAAACCAACGAAAGUGAAAGGCGAUUUACGGUGCUCAAGCAGAUAAAGACUUUCUUGAGGAAUACGAGCCGAGUGAGCAAUUUAAGUGCAUUUGCGUCGAUGUCCAUUGAGAAGAGUUUUAUCCAUGACAUUGAUGAUUUCGAUCAUAAAGUCAUCGACUUCUUUGCCGCCAAAACGAAGCGAUUGGACUUUGUUUUGCGGAAGGUCUAA